AUGUUUAUGCCAUCAAGAGGUGGAUCCCGUGGAGGCAAGGAUCAAUUCGAUUGGGAUGAUGUUAAAGCAGAUAAAUAUAGAGAGAAUUAUCUAGGCCAUUCCGUUAUGGCACCUAUUGGUCGAUGGCAAAAGGGAAAAGACUUAACUUGGUACAAUAAAGAUAAAAAACAAAAGGAAGCUGAUCGUAAAGCUGAAAUGAUGGCAGUGAAAGAGCAAGAAUCGAUGGCUCUCAACGUUAUGUUGGGUAGAACUGAUGCCAAUUCCGCUCGUUCCAAUAACUUAACAAAGACUGAAAUAUCUGAUUUGUUUAAGAGGGGCCAAACCGAACGAGAUGAUGGUGAUAUUGAACGCAUGCAAGGAGUUGGCUUUUUAAGUGCUAGAGCUGCCUUAAUGGCUCCAGAUUCGGAAACUAAUAAAGGUGUUGGAAAGUCGAAUAUGACUGUUUACGAGAAAGUGGUAGAACCUGGUGAUGCGGUCACGAAGGACGCGGGGAAGAAAAAGAAAAAGAAGGAAAAAAAGGAAAAGAAGAAAAAGAAGAAAAAGCAUUCUAGCCAUAAUCAUAGUUCAGAUGAUGAUAAUCGGAAAAACUCUGACCCUGACUCGCAUCCCGGUGUACAUAGUGUUAAAAAUAGUGUGGGUGAAGGGCGAAGGAGGCAUGAUUCUUCAUCUGAUGAAGACGCAAAUGAUUUACGAUACUCCGCUAAAGAUAAGCGCAGUGAUUAUAGUUUUAAUGACGAUAGGAAAUAUUCUGAAAAUCGAUCUAGUAGGGGGCGGCCUAUCGAUAAGGUGCCUACUCGGCGUUAUAAGCAUUCUCCUGACGAAGUGGACAAAAGACGAGAUCGCACGUAUCAUCAUCGUCAUCAUCGAGAUCGAAGUCCCCAUUCAGAAAGCAGUAGAGACCAUGAUAGAUAUAAGCCACGAAAAAAACCUCAUAGUUCAAAAUACUAG